AUGAUGAGGUCAGUCGUCCGAGGAGCAGCUGCAGCGGCGGCGGUAGAGCGCCACAAGGGCACCCUCGCCCACCUCUCCCGACCAUCCAACCACCACCAUGAUGCAUCAUCCUCGAUGGCGGGAGCGACGGGACUGCUUGCUGCGGCAGCAUGCCUCUCCACCGCAGCAGUCUCUCAGCAGGACUCUCAGGAGCGCCCGGCCUGCGAAAGGGCUGCCAAGGCGGGCGGCAAGCGCGACGGCUUCCCCAUCAUUUCCAAGGCCGAGGUCGCUAAGCACAAAAGCGCAGAGGCGGGCGGUGUGUGGGUAACGUACGAUGGGGGCGUGUACGACAUAACGGAGUUCAUCGCCAGCCACCCCGGCGGAGCGUCUAGGAUUAGUAUGGCCGCAGGCGGCGCGCUGGAGCCGUUCUGGAAGCUGUAUGCCCUCCAUAUGAAGGACGAGGUCCUGGACAUCCUGAAGACGUUGCGAAUAGGCAGUCUAUCCUUGGAAGACAUGGCGGAGAACAAGAGCAACGCGGACAAGAACGGCGACGACCCUUACGCCAAGGACCCUGCCAGGCAUCCGUUUUUCGUCGUGAACAACCCGCGGCCUUUCAACGCGGAGCCUCCCCCGGAGCUGCUGCUCGACGCGGGGUUCAUCACCCCCAACGACCUGUACUACGUGCGCAAUCACCUCCCAGUACCCGAUGUCGACCCCGAUAAGUACCGCCUCCACGUAGAGGUGGAAGGAAAGGGGGCACGGUGCGUGCAGUACUCCCUGGAGGAUCUCAAGACCAAGUUUCCCCAGGUGGGGCCGAGUUGUAGUUCCGGCCAUGUCUCGCGAUCAACCAGAUUUGUCCAGAAACCUAUUUAG